AUGUGUUCGAGCAUGUGCUCGUGCAUCUCACCACUCACUUGCAGCCCACCUACCACGUUCGUCUCCACGGAGGCCGCAGGGUCCGCCUCGGGGCUGGUGCGACCACGCGCCAAGAUGUUAUUGCAAGAAUCAGCAGGACCAGCGCAGAAACAGCCCAAGACGGGGGAGGUGGAGGAUCUCAUCGACGACGCCUCGUCGAUUGGGGAGGCCCCCAGCAAGAACGACAAGAAUCCGACGAGGGACGCCUUGCUGGUGCAGCUCGGGGCCAGGGUCAGGAGGCUCGAGCACGCCGCCUUCAGCACCGCGACAGGGGCCAUAGGCAAGUCUUUCCAGGACUAUCUCAAGCAGCGCAAGAACGACCAGAACAAAUGCCAGGAGCUCGCGGGCCCCGCAUCCCAAGCCCUUUUUCGCAAGUCUAGCCGUGGUCGCCCGCUUCAAGUUCAAGAAUACUUCAGAUCCUCGCCCCUGGAAGUGGCAGCAUGGGUGCGACGGCUCGUGGCCCUCCCGACACACGAAAAGCCGAGCACGGAGCAAACGUCUCGCAUUACGCCCGCGCUGCACGGCAACAUCUUGCUCCCGUGCGAGGACGAGGUCGCGGCAGAGCUCGAGCAGAAGCUAAAGGACGCGGUAGAAGAGGGGGGCACUGGGAGGGGCAAGAUGCGCAGGAUGAAGGAAGUCAUGGACCUCUCAGCGCUGCUCAGAAGGCGCGAGUCCGAGGGGGCAGGCGGCGAGCUUUCGGACGCUCUUCCGUUUGGCAAGAAGGCCGGAGGAGUGGCCCAGUUGGCCGACGACGCAGAUGACGCGUUCCAGGCGGUCGAAUGGGCCCUCCGGUCCAAGGACCUUCAGCACGCCAUCGACGUCUGUGUGAAGAUGGCGUACCAGCGCGCGCAGCAGCUGAGGGACCUAGCGGCCUCGGGGUGGCCCAGCGCGGCGCCCCCCGCGAAGUCGGCCGCGGUUGAGGCGGGACGCGCAGCAGACAAGCAGUACCCCGAAGCGGUCUUGAUCGCGGAGGUGAAACCGUUCUUGGGCCCACCACAUUUGCACAUCGCGCGAGCCGCUUUCAAGUCUCUGGCGGAGUCGGACACCAUUCGGACACAGGUGCCAGAGGCGCACAGCCUCCUGUGUAAAUGCUACGAGCAGCUCAUCUUGAAGUCGGGAGCGAAGGCGCUUGGCUUGAUGAGGCGCCGCUUCCGUCUCAACAAGGUGCUGCAAGGCAGAUUGCACCAUAUUGCAGUUCUCGGCAGCGGAUCAGAUCACGCCGCGCGGCAGGAGAUCAGCGUGGCCCACCAUAUGACCAGCUACAGCAGUUGCUUCGUGGCCCGCGACCUUCCACAUCUUGACGUGGGGCGCGUCAGUGCGAUCGCCUCGGGCCUCGCAGCGGCUUCCAUGGGGCCUCGGGUUGUCGGCUGCGUGCCGGCCGUGGCCGUGCGGCCUCCGUGGCCGCGCCAGGCGGGGGGGGACGCUCGGCCGAGCGGCAGGGGCUCGGGCGCUCGUGGCAGCAGGCAGGGGCGGGUCGGCAGAUUCUACGGCUCCCCAUCGCGGAAAGAGAGCCCGCGGCGCGGCAUGCGCUCCCCGCUCGAGGGCGGCAGCCCGGAGCUUUGGGCUCGCGCCGCGGUGCGCAGGCCAGCUCGGCACUCGGUCUUCGGCAGUGCUCCAAUGCUCUGGCAGCACCUUGCCCUCUUGCUCUUGACUGCCGGCGGGCGGUCACGCGACCAGCGAGGUGCCCUGCGCGACGGCGAGGCCCUGCGAGGCAACGCCGCCGCCCCGCAGGGCCUCGCCGUCCCCGGGGGCCCCCCCCGCGUGCGCCAGGAGCCCGGCGAGCUCCGGCCGCAGGCCGCGCGGCCGCAGCGCCGGGCGCCGCGGAGGCGCAAAGCGGACAUCGACCCGAAAUACCUGCUGUGCGGCGAGGGGGAUGGCGCGUUUUUCCUUGGCUUUGUCACGGGAGCCGCCGCCGUCCAUCGCGGGGACCCCAGCGGCGUGAUCGGCUGGAAGGUGCUUCUCGCGGUGCCCGAGGGCAAACGCGUCUUCGCCGACGGCUCGCGCAUCCACUCCGACUUCCCGCAGCUGUGCUCCGGCGACGCAGGCGGCCCAGCCGCUCUGGCCCGCGCCCGCCCCGCGGAGGUGCUCGAGAGGUGCCCGCUGCUUCGCCCCGCUCCCCCCCAGUUUAUCGCCCCUCCCCCCCUGACGCACCUCACCGUGCGCAGCCAAGGAGUCCUCGCGGUCCAGCGGGUCGCCUCGAUGCCGGAGCCGCCGCCGACGUUCGCGCUGAUUCUGCUGGCGCCGGAACACCGCGACCAAGCGGAGAUGGCGCCCCGCGCUCGCCAGGCCCGCAGCAGCCUGUUCGCCUACGCGGCCCUGGCCGCGCUCGCCGCCCAGCUGCUCGUGGAGCUGCACGUCGCCGACUUUGCCGACGGCGAGGCGCUCGCCGCGUUCGCGGUCCCCGGGGCGCCCGCCGUCAGCACGCAGGUCGAGGCCGCCACCGCCGGCCAGCUCACGCGCCGGGCGCCGUCGGCCUUCGAGAUGGCCGCCGGGCGCGCCGCGGGCGGCGCCACCGCCCGCGCGGCCGCCGCGCCGGCCGUGAGCGUCGUUUCGAAGGUCGUCAACGCGAUGGGCGCAGGUGCGGUGGCCUCUGUCAUCCAGGCAGCGCUCUCGGCGGUAGGCGAGCCCAUCGUGAACCGCGUGUUGGUGAAGCGCAUGAAGAUCAUGGAGGCCAUCAACGACGUGAGCGCUGCACAGAUGCUCAACUUCUUCAAGACGACGCUCGCCACCAACUUCUUGAAGUUCCCGUUCUUCGAGGCCAUCAACGCUUUCUGCGGCGCGUUCCCGAUCAGCCCCACCUACCGUGGGAUCUUCACAGGCUUUGUCUUCACCACGGCCACCCUGCCAGUGACGAACUACAGGUACCGCAAGUCGAUGGAGCUCGAGGUGAAUUGGGGCAACAUUUACGAGGCAUACCCGCCCACUGUCAUCCGCGACAUCGUGUAUGGCAUCGCGCGCAACUACUGCACCAUUGGCGUGCUCGCCCUCAAUUCCACUUGGACGGCUGCCUCGCCCGAGGUGCUCUUCAUCGUGGUGAUCCUCGGCUGCCUGAUCUCGGCACCUUUCAACGAGUGGCGGGGAUUCCUCCUGCAGUCCAAGGGCCAGGAGCUCACCUUCAAGGAAUUCUUCAAGCCGUCCAACUUCGUCCGGUCGACGUCGCUCGGUGCCAUCAAGCAGGGGUUGGCCCUCGCGCUGGGCUACUGGGCCGCGCCUCCGGCGACCAAGUUCGUCAAGGGACUCAUCAUGGCCGCCAAGGGCGCUUGAGGCAGCAGCGAGGAGGCGCUCCAGUGUCGUCGCUGAGCGAAAUGCAGCUAGAGGCAGCAGGAUGUUUUGAUUUUCCAGACAUCUUCCGCAUCACUGCGGAGGGAUAAUUCGUGUAUUUAUGAAUGUCUAUACAUAUCGCAAUGUGAUUGGCGCUUCGCGUUUCCCCACCAGACCCUGCAGCAACAGUGCCCAUGUGAGUUGCAUCGAUCAGGGAGGUGUGGGAGCACGCAGUGGACAAAUAGAAAGGACUUGCAGAAUCCAUGUGGGCAGCACUUGUUUCUACCGCGCCGAGAUGCGCCAGGGGGCACGGUGGCGGAUUCGCGCGCCGGAGCUUGACAUGACAACUCUCGCGGAGCGCAGCAACAGAAAGACGUGGAUGAAUCUUGUAACAGCGGUCUCUGCUCCAGCGCUUCGUGAGACGCCCGCUGACGCUCGGGACGUCCUGAGCACAUCUUUUCGGGCAUCAUCGACGCUAAAUUUGGUCGUCUCUCUCGCCUUCUCUCUCUCUCUCUCUCCCUGUCUCUCUCUCUCUCUGUUUACGUUUCGCUCUCUCUCUCUCUCUCUCUCUCUCUUUCUCUCUCUCUCUCUCGCUUCCCCUGUCUGCAACGUGUUCACUCCUGGUCAGCUAUGCCCGUGGUCAGUUCACGCCGCUGGCCAGAUGCAGGGUCGCAGCAGGGCGUUGGGCUGAGCCACGGCCCGCCGGCGGCGUCGCUGGCGCGGUGCAGAGACAGCGCCGCCCCGAGCCAUGGAAAGCAGAC